CUAUGAGAAAUAUUGACGUUGACCAUGAUCUGCUGUCAAAUAUCAAACCUCAAACGGCUCAAAACAUCUAACUUGCGAAACUUCUCCAUAAAUCCAGACAACAAAUACCAAGACCACGUCAAUUUAGCCUACGCCACCUAUGAGUCAACAGAUUCAGAAAAGAAAGCUCCACCCUUAAUAUUACUCCAUGGCUUACUCGGCUCAAAGUCUAACUGGUCCACCCUCUGCAAAAUAUACCAAACGAAGACAACACCCAACAGGAAAAUCGUGGCUGUAGAUGCCAGAAACCAUGGGGAGAGUCCGCAUCAUCGUGAACACACUUAUGAAGCCUUAAGCUUGGAUUUGAAGGCCUUACUUAGUACUUUGGAUAUCGAUAAAGCCAGCAUUCUGGGCCAUUCUAUGGGUGGCGGAACUGCCAUGUUUUUCUCACUAAGACACCCUGAAAUCGUGGAGAAAUUGAUAGUAUGUGAUUUUUCACCGAUCUCCAACAACCUAGGCGAUCUGAGAGGUUAUCUAGAAGCUAUGGAAAGGGUCAAAAUACCAAGAGGUCUCUCUAUGUCAAAAGCUAGAGCUGCUGCUGAAUUUCAACUCGAACAGUUGGGUAUAAGGCACAGGACGAGGAGAAAAUUCCUGACCACUAACGUGGUGCUCAAUUCAGAUGGUUCCUUUGGGUGGAGAGUAAACUUACCUGCUUUAUCUAGAAGUUGUAGUAACUUAAGCAGAAUUAAUAUCGAAGAAGGACAAACGUACGAAGGACCAACUCUCUUCGUUGGUGGAAAUAAUUCUGGGUAUUUGAAACCAAGGGAGCUUCCCAGAAUCAAGAGAAUUUUUCCAAAUUCCAAGUUUAAAUUUAUCGAAGGAGCUGGCCAUUGGGUGCAUUUUGAUAGGAGGAAGGAGUUCGCUGAGAUCACAGUGAAAUUUCUCAAUGGAAAAGUAUGAUAUUCGUUAUAACCAUCCAAGGUCCAACAUCCGAUAAUUCUGCAGUACUGUGGUCCCAAAUUGUAUGAACUGUUUCACGAAAACGAAAAUACAACUGGUUGAGUAAUAACGCUUUGGCCGUAAUGUGUAUAUCAAAAAUACUUGGUGAUAUAUCUGAAAUAAAAAAACAACUUAUUAUUA